AAAACAGCGAUCAGUUGUGACUGUUGUGUUGAGUACUGAAGUCACUCGAAGUACAUCUCAUUUCUAUUUUUGAAGAAAAGCGGCCGACUUUGAGUUUUGUAAUGCCAGGAAUAGGUACAACAGUAGCUGUAGUUGGUGGAGGGGUAGCAGCAGGAACAGUAGCUGUGGUAGCAGCUCCGUUUGUAGUCAGUGCUUUAGGAUUCGGUGCUGGUGGAAUAGUUGCUGGCUCUACUGCUGCCUCUAUGAUGUCAGCAUGGGCCCCAACAGCAGCAGGUGGUGUAGUAGCUACACUACAAUCAAUAGGUGCUGCUGGUAUGGGAGUUACUAGUACGGCAAUUGUAGCUGGUACUAGUGGUGGAGUAGGAGCAGCUACUACUGCUGCUGCUCAAUCUAAUACUGUAACUAAUGCUGUUGGAGCAGGUGGACGUAUGGCCUAUAACGCUGGGGCAGCCGGAGGUCGUAUGGCCUAUAACGCUGGAGCAGCUGUAUUGGGAUACUUCACACGUUAACACUGUCUAACGUCAAAGACUACAUGAUUCAGUGAUCUAUCCUUAAGAAGUUACGAUCAUCAUACAUAAGUGACAUUUUUCAUUCUAUUGUUUUUUUUAGGUAUAGGCUUUAUUUUAACAUGUUCAAUGUUGUAAAAAAAAUUUUUGGCAUCAUUAAUAAAUUAUUUACAAAAA